AUGGAAAGAAAGUCUUCUGAAAUAAGAAAGGGAAUCCCAAUAAGAAAAAAAGUUGAGAUAGAGUUUAUCAAAGAUAAACGUGCUGAGCAUGCUAUAAUUUCUAAUAUGCAGAAAUCUCUCUAUAAGAAAGUAAAAGAUCUUUCCAUUUUAUGUGAAGUAGAGAUCGCAAUUACUAUUUUUUCAAUUGCUGGUCAACCAUUUUUCUUUGGUAACCCUGAUGUUGAAUCAGUUGUCCACCAAUUUUCGGAGGCCAAACAGCCAACUGCAUCUCCGUCAAGCCGUUAUAUAAUGAAGAAAAGAAAGGAAGAAGAACGUGAGAACAAAGAAAAAGCUACUGAUCCGUCAGAAGAUUUUAAGUUGACUGAUUUGGAAAGAGUUAAGAAAUUGGAUCAAAAGAUCGAGAAAUUUGAACAUCACCUGGUUAAGGAAAAUGUUCAGCAACAAUUUGUGAUUGGCUCUGAAGAUUCAAAAUUUGUGCUUGAGAUAAGUGAGACUAGCUCUUCGACUUUUCCAUUUAAGUGGUUGAGUCUUUAA